GCGCGGUGCUAAUCAAUGCGGACGACGACGCGCGCGCUCGGAACAACAGCGUGAAUGGCCGGGAUGGCCCCGCGCAUUGGACUCUGAAUGGACAUACGUGGCGUGGUCUGGUUGCAUGGGACUACGUAGGUUGACGACAACAAGAAAUGCAGCCACGCGCGGCAAUUGCGACACCGAAGGGGCGGAGCUCUGCCUGCUGGAGGGCAGAACACGGUAAUCACGUAGGAUGAGAUUUUGACACCCACCCUCAAAAGAGCGGUCGUUACUUGCGAUUGGCAAGCUGCAGCACUUUGAAGGGGUAUCAUUUCGCCUCUCUAAGGGGUUUUUGUGUGUGGGGGGGGGGGAGGAGGGAGGCUGCGAGGAGAAGAAGCCGAAGGACCAUCUUGGCCGGAUGUCAAUCAUGGUGUUGUUGUCUGAGUACUAGCCAUCCUUGUAAGAGUAAUAGUACGAGUACGAGGAGGAAGAAGAGGAGGGGUAGAGGAAGGAGGAAGAAAGGAGAGGCAGGGGUGGAGGGGCGGGAAGGGGAGAAGGGAGAGCAUGGAGGAGAGUAGGGGCUUUAUUGGGGUGGGGUGGAGAAGGGGCAGGGGACGACCGUUUGCCACCGUUUGCCGUCGUGCUUCCUUUUUUUUUCCCUGUGCUCGUGGCGGCCACGCUUGAGGGUGUAGGCCCUGUAGGGGUGGUACUCGUAAACGGAGCCGCACUGCAUUGUGCAGUGUCGGAGUCAUCGGUGGAAAGUAGGAGAAUGGACAAGUAGAGGAGAGAUCGCUGCUCUUCCUCCUCUCUCCUCUCGUUAUCCCUCCGCGAGAGGCCUUACGGUUCCCCGGUGGACUGUCGCUGGCGCUCGAACGAUAAUGAUUUAGCAGUAACGUAAACGGGGUUAGAAACAGGUCCUUAAAAAAAAAAAAAAAAAAAAAAGGAGGCCCUUUUUAAACCGCGCACUCUGUACUUCCAAAGCAGCACUUUGACGACUUCGAUAUUUUUGUUGUCUUGGCCGUAGCUCGUGUGAUUGGUGAUUACCGAUAUUGAUCGCCCAAGGCGCCGUUGGAACGUACAGACAAAAUUGGAAAGUGGAGAUGGGGGGAGGUAGGUGGAUGAUGAGACAUAGCCGACAUAGCUUGGUUCCUAGAGAUGGGGUUGGAACGACCAUCAUCAUGAUGAUGGCUUCGUCGCCGCUAAUUGGGGGCCAGACUUGAUAAACUGGAGUAGAAUUAGGACCCAGCUUGGCGCGGAGCGGAAGUGAGGAGGACGUCUGGCGCUCUCUGGGCGACGGAUGAAGCGCGACCGUGUUUCACUCCGGGGCCAUCGAAAAAAACGUUGUCCGAGACGACAGCGGCAGCGCCGACUGCGUGUUGAUGGAUUCGGGUUGCUGGGAGGAGGAGGAGGGGGAGGAGACGGAGAAGAAGAGGAGGAAGGAGAGCACGACUGUGGCAAUACGGACGUGGCAGCGAAGGUCCUGAAGAAGGACCGCAUUCUGGAGCAGCAGAUGGAAGAGAAGGUGAGGAGGGAGAUCUUCCUCUUCUCUCGUCUCGAUCAUCCGAACAUCGUCCGUCUUUAUCGCGUGGUCAACCAGGGGCGCUACAUGGUUCUCGUCAUCGAGUACGCCGACAACGGUGAGCUGUUCGAUUACAUCGUCCAGGCGGUCAGGCUUCCUGAGAGCGAGGCUCGUCGGAUCUUCCAGCAGAUCAUCGCCGGUCUUGAGCACUGUCAUCGUCGCGGCGUGGUCCAUCGGGAUCUCAAGCCCGAAAACAUCCUCCUUUCCGGCGGCGCAAACACCCUGAAGAUUGUCAAGAUCGCCGACCUCGGGCUGGGCAACCUUGUUCGAGAAGGUGCCUUCCUGAAAACCAGCUGUGGCAGUCCCAAUUACGCCGCCCCGGAGGUGAUUGGCGGCAAACCUUACGUGGGCCCGGAGGUGGACAUCUGGAGUGCGGGGGUGGUGCUUUACACUUUGCUCUGCGGUCGGCUUCCCUUCGAUGAGCAGAGCACCACACGGUUGUUCCACAAGAUUCUGCAAGGCGACUAUGUGCCUCCAUCCACGGCGCUGUCGUUGGAAGCGCGAGACCUCAUUGCUCGCAUGCUGGUCGUCGAUCCGAAUCUGCGAUUCACGAUCCCGGAGAUUCGAAGGCACAGCUGGUUCUUCCCCUGGUUCAUCCCGCAGCAAAUGCCAGCGGUGCCUGGACAGCAUCAGCCGCAGGGCAACCUGGGCCUGCCCAUGGGUACGAUGAUGCCAGGUGGCACUGGUGCUGGGGGUGGUCACAACCCUGCCGCCGCAGAUGGGCCCUCCAGAAGGUCCCAUCCGGGUGGGUAUGCAAGAGAACGGUUCCAACUGCCACCAUUCCCCGUGAACAACCCCAGCCUGAGGGUAGAUAGCGAUCCUAUGCUUCUGAACCGUGUAUUCGGAGAGCAGAGGUUCCGCCUCGGAUUCCACGUGAGCGGAUCAACAGGCAGCGACGCUAUGCGCAAGGUGAUCGCCUGCCUCAACUCUCUCCGCGUGCUGUGGAAGCGAGUCGGGCCGUACGCCAUGCGCUGCUUGUGGUUGCGCAUGCCGCCGGAACAACCGGAUACACCGGACGCGCCCGUACAGCAUCUCAUAAUGGCCCCUUCCGCCGAUACCGCGGGCAGUAAUCAUUCGCAUGGCCCAAUCAACGCUCUAGACCUCAACGCGAGCGCCUCCCUCCCUGUGCUGCACCACCACGCUCUCAAUCCCGUUCCCACGGACCGCAUUACCCCCUCAACAUCCGCAAGACGUAUGUCCACCUCUUCCUUUGCCACGUCAUCAUCGUCCGUACAGAACGCCGCUACAAGAAGCCAGCAUCUUGCGGACGGGGCGGCGAGCCGCGGGGCCGCCGAGCGGCGCGGCAGCGGUUCUCGGAGCAGCUUGGGGGGGGCGGGGGGAGCGGGAGCGGGAGUGCCAUCGUGGAAUGGGCUCUACGGGUGGGAUGCAGGAGCAUCGGGAGGAGCGGGAGGAGGAGGAGGAGGAGGAGGAGGAAUGACAGGACGCCAGGGUGAAGGUGGUGGGGCGAUGCUGGAUCGUUACCAUCUUGAACAGGGGAACCAUUACUCGACGAUGGCAAACGCACAAGGGUCACAUGGGCUCAUCCAGAACAAUGUCAUGCGCGCUGACGAGAACCAUGGUCACCAGAGCAUGUACGAAGCCCCUGGCGUCGUUGGCGGAGGGGACUCCGCCGCCGGAGGAGGAGUGGUGGGGACCACCAUGAUCAUCGAGGAAGAACGCAGAGAGCCGCAAUUGGUUGGGUUCGAUUUGCAGCUGUACCAAGUGCCCAGGGUGGCUGGAGCCUCGGCACUUCACCCCGGGACCGGGUUGAGAGACUACCUCGUGGACGUUGACCUACUGACUCAAGAGUGCACCUUUCCUUUCCUUGACUUUUGCGCUGUGCUUGUCGGCGAGUUGCUCAGUGUAUCGCGAGCUGGGGAGAGAUUGAGGGCCGGGGCGCGGCAGGCGGGGGGGAGUGCCCUUGUUGGAGCUGGUAUUGGCCUGGGGGUGGCGUCGUCGGGCGCAGUUGCUGUACCGGGCACCGCCUCAGACCCGACUGGGGGUAGCCGACGAAGCUCUCUCGCGGCACAGCCGGCAGUUUCGUCCCGGGGUCCACCAAGAAGUCAACACCUGGGGGUACCCACCUCCCAGGCUUCCUCUAGGGGCCAGCAAUCCCAUGUACCCUCCUCUCAGGUGCCCGGUAGGACCCGGCGAAGCCAUCAUGGGCCUGCAGCCCGUACACGGAGACAAGUACAUGAAGUUGCAGACGCACUGCCCUAUCCACCGCUGGAGCAGCAGCAGUAGGAGCAGCAAUAGCAGCAAGCAGCAGCAGCGGCUGCGGGUGCUGGAGUAGGAGGAGGAGGAGGAGGAGGAGGAAGAGGGCAAGGGUGUUCUUUCUGUCAAUGGCCUUACUCUUUCUGCUACCCCUUUGCUUGACUACCCACCAUUAUGAUACCCUUUGCAGCCUGAGUAUCUGUCCGUUUGUAGCCGUUAGAUACCCGCCCAAUUUGUUAACAAACGACAUUCGUAAGGACCUCUUUUUUGUCACUUUAGGUCCCUAAUUAAGAAAGCUCACUGACUAACAGUAGCUGCGAUUCCAGUUCAUUCGACAUAAUAUCACCAUCGAUGAAUCUCCUUGAGCGCCGGGGUAAGCUGCCUGCCUGCCUGCGGCGGGCCAGAAAUCUACCUUCCUGUCCCCCACUUUCAUUUCCACACCUUUCUUUCUCCCUCUUGUCUUUCAGCUCAAUCCGAGAAUAGUCUUAGUUCGAUUGAUGAAUUACCUUGAUGACCAUUUGAUUAUUGCUCCCUACCUUUUUUUCCACAGAGUUCAUGGAUCUUGUUUGCUUUAAUUCUUACUUUUUUUUGCAGAUAAAAGAAGGUGCGCUGCUGCUGUAGAAAACAACAGCCUGAGGAAUUUCGCCCUUUCGUUGUUUGACUUGAUAUGCAGUUAUCAGCUCCAAAGCACGGAGCGUGUACCUCGCAGUAGCUUGCGUGAUUGUCCCUAAUGCUCAUCGCUUCUUCCAUAAUUGUGACUGCCGUUGGCGUGUAUGUUUGCACAUGCACGCACACAUGCCCACGUGCUCACACAUGCACACACACACACACACACACUCACACACACACACNGAGAGAGAGAGAGAGAGAGAGAGAGAGAGAGAGAGAGAGAGAGAGAGAGAGAGAGAGAGAGAGAGAGAUCCGGAAAAGUGAAGCAAGCAUUAUAGUAGACGGUGAUAAUGUUGGGGCUGCACAACUUCCUUGUUGUUAUGCGUGCACACGCAUUAGGUGUUUGUCUCGUCUGAUCGUGUGAUCCAGAUUCUCUGUGCUCUGGACUUGUUUACCAUGUAGCAAUUUGAAAGUAUUGUUCUGCAAAUGAACUGCAUAUCUGGCCUGCAUCAGCUGCAGGAUGGGGAUAGAGUGAGAUGGGAGUAGCCUUCUGACGGGCACUUGGGAGGCAUUCGGAUUACCUUCGCUGGUAUGCUUCGCUGGUAUACUUAGUGUAUUGCGAUGUGGGGAGUUUUGUUCUCGACGUCUCUGUAAAUGCCAGGAUACUAACUUGAAUGGCAUUGGCAAGGAGUGGGAGCAGGCAUAGCAGCUGCGGCAGAAGAUCUUUUGAGAGUGAAGUUGUUUGACGAUCAACGGUUUGCCUUGUGGCACACGGAGAUGACAUCGUCGCGGCAUUGUGGUUCUGAUAUGGUACUGGUUGGUUGCGUGUACCUCAUCAUUUAUUGUCGAGGGGGGUGGGAUUCAAGUUGAAGGAAUGAAGUGUGAUUAUGUAAUGCGGCUCGAGAGGAGGAGAAGGGAAAUGGCGGUGCCACUGCAGAACUGUGAGGAACGAUGGGAGUUUUACGGGGAGUCCGAUCUGGAGGCAAAAGAUCUUGAAGGCAAAUCUGACCACCACGAUGGCAGCAACGUUCCUCGGGAAGGAGGAAGCACAGUGGCAGCAUACUGAUGGGGAUGAGGUGACAGACUUUACGAGGACGUGCAGUAUGCAAGCAAGACAGGAAGACAGGGUGUUCAUAUUUGGCGUGACUUCAUAUUUGGCGUGAUGACUGGUGAUGAUGGGCAAUGAAGUUCCUUUGAUGCA